CUGUAGAUAUAGGAGCAAUAUCAGAAAACGGUUUUAAUGAUCCUUAUGUCAAAGUUACUUUGAUGCCGGAAGUUGAUACGAAAACGAGACAAACGGAGAUUCAGCGUAACUCUGCUAACCCAGUGUUCGACGAAAUUUUCAAAUUUCCGGUUUCAUUUGAAGACCUCUCGGAGAAAACCUUGCUACUUCAAGUCUUCGAUUAUGACAGAUUCUCUAGAAAUGACAUUACUGGAGACGUGAGAGUGAAGAUGUGUGAUCUCGAUGUGACAACAGAAGUGGAGGUUUGGGGUGAAAUAUCCAAAACUGAUAAGAUAUCGUGUGACAGACCCGAAAUUCUGUUUUCUCUCAGCUACUUGCCCUCUGCUGGUCGAUUAACAGUGGUUAUUCUAAAAGCCUCAAAUUUAACAGCCUCAUGUUCAAAAGAGUUUCCAGAUUCGUAUGUGAAGGUGACUUUUGUGUAUGGAGAAAGAAAGAAGAAGAAAAAAACGGCUACGAAGCGAGCAGCAAACAACCCAGUAUGGAAUGAAGCUUUAAGUUUUGACGUAUCGGAAGAAGGACUGAAACAUUGCCGCCUUGUGGUUAGCGUAAUUAACUGUCACCAUAGCAACACGGCUCCUCUCGGAACCUGCAUUCUUGGUAUGAAUGAACGUGGCAGAGAAGUAGCGCACUGGCAAGAUGUGCUUCGUAAUCCUCGUAAGGCUAUCGCCAUGUGGCAUGGAUUACAUGUCUGAUAAGUAAAGUUCGUGUGUGUGAAUUUUUAAAACCUAUCUGGAUUGAGGAAGAGUUUAGUAUAAUGGAAUAUAGUUGAGCAUUUAAAGAUUCCAGAAAAGCAAGUUUGGAAUUAAACUUAUUGUCUUUUAUAUUAGGGAAGAGGAAUAUUAUAACAUAAACUUGUUAGUUAGGCUUAAUUAUUGAUACUGAAAAACUCCAAUAUUGUAAUGCACUAAUAUCAAACUUCCAGUCAGAGCAAGCUACCUACUUAAGUCACAAAUAAACAUGAUGCCGGAAAGGAGUAUAGCUAAUUAAAUAUGCUUUUACUACGUUCUUACUUAUAAAGAUUAAAAUACAUUGUUUCGUCAGUUGAUACCGGAAAGGAGUAUAGCUAAUUAAAUAUGCUUUUACUACGUUCUUACUUAUAAAGAUUAAAAUACAUUGUUUCGUCAAUUGAGUAGCCGUUCCAUUAACUAUUUUCGGUCAUAAACCCAAUAAUACCUUAAGAUGUUCGACUGGCUUAGGAGAUUUAGGCUAGUUCUAAAUCCGUGUGCUAAAUUAACAAUGCAGUACAAUCUCUAUAACAAAAGUAUAAUACUAUUAAAAUAAAAAUGAUAAAACUAGCUAUAUUAAACAUUCUAACGAAUUACUUUAGUGAAAGUAACAUUAAACAGAAAAUAAAGUAUACCUUACUUGAGGAAAACACAAACAUUAGUUGUUAGCUUCAAAUACUGUCGUAUAUGUAAUGUUCACAUAAUGGUUAGGAUUAGUUAGUCAAAUACACUUUUUAGCAGUCAAUAAUAAAUCAAUAUUGUUUUUAAUGUCGCACGGGCUUUACAGCUGCGUCAUUUCAUAUAUCAAUUUCUUGUUUCAGUCUGGAGUAUUCGGUGUUUCUCAUAAAGUUUCUAACAAUAAUUUACAUUACUGGUAAAUAUGUAACAUUUCAAAUUAUUAUUUAUAAUUUAGGUAGCGUCUACUGUUAUGAUGCCAUUUUGUUCUUUAAUGUUUUAAAAAGCAUCUAAACAAAGUUGUGGUAGGAAUAUGUGUAAAAACGUGCAGUCUGCAUUUGUUCUUUGCAAAGAUGCUUACGCAGUAUCACGUUUUACUUGUGAUCCAAUCCAUUAAUCAACCUAAGUUCAGUCGCUCCUAGUAUCAGAACUACCGUCAAACAUAGUUUUAAUUGAGAUUCAUAUAAUAAGUAUUAUGAGAUUCCAGAAACCGGGCAAUCGUUCCUAAAAUCAGAACUACCGCCAAACAUAGUUUUAAUUGAGAUUCAUAUAAUAAGUAUUAUGAGAUUCCAGAAACCUAGUUCCUAAAAUCAGAUAAAGGUAUAGUUAUGAAUUAAAACCAAUAUUUUACACAUCCAAAACAGAUUUAUGUGAGAUAUUAGUUCCAACAAAUUAUGCUAUUACAAAUUAAUUGAAUAUGGUUUCCUUCAGCUAUUUGUAUAGCAUAUCCAUCUUUUCACAUUUGCUGUUAAGGUUAUUAUUUUUUCAACAUUAGUUAUUUUCGUUAAUUUGUACACCAAUGUUCUAUAAAAGCAUGAAAUGCUAAUGUAUUUCUCUGGUACGUGACACAGGAAUUAAGUUGGAGUUGUUAGUUUUACCCAAUAUCUUCUGAUACUUAACACAGGAGUUAGUUGGGAGUUGUUAUUUUAUCUGGAUAUUCUGAUAAUUGACACAAGAAUUAGAUUGGAAUUGCUAUUUUACUCAAUAUUCUCUGAUACUUGCCAGAGGAAUUACUUUGGAGUUGUUAGCUUUACUCAAUAUUCACUAAUACUUGUCACAGGAGUUAGGUUUGAGUUGUUAUUUUACUCAGUCUUCUCUGAUACUUAACUUAACACAAGAAUUAGUUGGGAGUUGUUAGUUUUACCCAGUAUUCUCUGAUACUUGACACAGGAACUGGUGUACAGUUGUUUGCUUUACCUAGCAUAUUCUGAUACUUGACGCAGGAAUUAAGUUGGAAUUGUUAGUUUUACCUAGUAUUCUCUGAUAAUUGACACAGGAAUUAGUUUGAAAUUGUUAGUUUUCUACCUAGUAUUCUCUAUUAUUUGACACAGGAAUUAAGAGUGGAGUUGUUAGUUUUACCUAGUAUUCUCUGAUAAUUGACACAGGAAUUAGUUUGAAAUUGUUAGCUUUCUACCUAAUAUUCUCUGUUAUUUGACACAGGAAUUAAGAGUGGAGUUGUUAGCUUUACCCAAUAUUAUCUGUUAAUUGACACAGGAAUUAGUUUGAAAUUGUUAGUUUUCUACCCAGUAUUCUCUGUUACUUGACACAGGAAUUAAGAGUGGAGUUGUUAGCUUUACCUAAUAUUAUCUGACACUUAACAGAGAAAUUAGUUUAGAAUUGUUAGUUUUACUCAAUAGAUCACUAUAGUUUUACAAUAUGGAAGAACCAUAUCUUAACUAUCAUAAUCGGUUGACUGUUGACUUUCUUGUGCUUUUUUGAACUCGUACAAUAUCAUUAAUCAAUUCAAAAUACGAAAUAGGACGAGUGGCAAUUUUAUAAAGAUUUUAAUCAAUAGAAACAUAAUUUUGAAUGAAACUCCCGUUUCAUAUGAUCAAAUUUCUUUAU